GCGUAGGCGCUUCCGUAGUUGCCACAUAAAGGUGCUCAAACUGUUUAUUUGAGACUAUCGAGACUAUUUAGUUUAACCUAAAUAGUCUCAAAUAAGCACCUUUUUGUGGCAACUGACCGGUACGACCGACGACGUCGAAAACACCCAUUAUUUAUUGUUUUUUGUUUCCAAGUUACAACAGAUUUUCACAUAUUUAAAAGGAACCUUAUAACAAAAAGGUGACAAUGUCAACAAAAACAAAGCAUUUUGUUGAAGAGUUAUUUUUGCCAUUUGGACCACCUCCUAUAAUAGCUGAUAUUAAAAGUGAAUUAAAAGCAUUUAUUGAAUAUCCUGAUAAUCUUCCUAUUUAUAAUGUCGAUAAUAUACAAUGCUAUUGGUCAAGAGAACCAGAUAUUUUGGCUUUACUAAAUGCUGAUUUGGCGCCAGUUGGAACUUGCAUUAGGUUCAGAAGAGAUCCAAUUACAGGAAAGAUUGGAGAUAUGUUGGAAGUUACCCUUCAAGGAACUGGAGAAAAUGCAAAAAAUUCUAUGUUAAUGACGAGAGCACCUGGACCACCAGCUGAAGGAGUUAGAGGUAAUACCAGCAAUUUCUUAUUUUGGCCUGGUGGUUUUGAUGAAGCCAAAAUAAUUGAAGAACCUAUAUUAAUUGAUAUCGACUUUGAACGCAAUCUUGAAACUUUAGCUAAAGGUUUCAAAUGUGGCAUGGACUUUGAAACUGACAAUUAUACUCCAAAAAAUGUUCAGUUUGAAAGUAUGUCGCAAAUGUGUGUUAAGGAAUGUUUAGAACAAGUGAAUUGUUUAGAUUUAAUGGUAAUCAUUGACAAGGAAGCAAAUUCACUGGAUUUUUGGGCAAAACCUGUAUUGCAUAGAAUUGCAGAAUCCAAGUCUGAAGAAAAAAUUUCAACAAACAUAGAUGAUAUAUUAUCUUCGAUAGACACGAUUACUAAACCUGUUGCAAACCCCAAACUUCCUGUAUUGAAAAUUACUGAAGAGGGAAAAAGUUUCUUACAGGCAGAAUGGGCUGAACAAUUGGAUGUGACAAUCACUAUUACAGAUUUUGAAAAAAGAGUUAUGAACCCAGCCAUUAAUUUCAAAUAUGAACUAGAUAACUUUCAAAAGCAAGCAAUUAUAAAAUUGGAAGAGGACUGUAAUGUUUUUGUAGCUGCUCAUACGUCUGCUGGUAAAACAACAGUAGCAGAAUAUGCAAUAGCAUUGAGUCAAAUGCAUAUGACUAGGACCAUUUAUACCUCGCCUAUAAAAGCAUUGUCUAAUCAAAAGUUUCGUGAAUUCAAAGAAAAAUUUGAUAAUGUUGGACUCAUUACUGGAGAUUUACAAAUAAAUCAAACUGCUUCAUGUUUAAUAAUGACUACAGAAAUUUUAUUAUCAAUGUUGUAUUGCGCCUCUGAAGUUCUCCGAGAUUUGGAAUACGUUAUUUUUGACGAAGUUCAUUACAUAAAUAACGAGGAUAGAGGACACGUUUGGGAAGAAAUAGUUAUUUUACUACCUCGGACUGUGAAUAUUGUUAUGCUGUCUGCAACAGUACCUAAUCCUUUGAAAUUUGCUAAUUGGGUUGGUCAGAUAAAAAAAAGAAAGAUGUAUGUGAUCAGUACAGUGAGAAGACCAGUACCGUUGCAACAUUAUUUAUAUGUAGGGAGCAAUAUGAAAACAAAAGACAGUUGUUAUCUAAUUCUUGAUACUGAUGGUCAAUUUUCUAUGGAAGGAUGGCGACAGGCAAAUGCGCAACGACAACGUGAACUUAAACAAAGUUUAGACAAAAAAGGUAUGAAAAAAUUUAAGGAAACUAAGAAACAGAAUAAAAUUUCUCUUGAAACAGAUGUGUCAUCCCAGGAAAAUGAAGAAACUGAAGAAAUAAAACCUUCGAUGAUUUCAUCAAAAGAACGAGCAAUGUGGAUUGCAUUUCUUAAAUACCUUCAACAGCAGGAUAAAUUGCCAGUUGUUGUUUUCGCACUUUCUCGAAGUCGUUGUGAUAAAACAGCGGAUUCUUUGCAACAUCAAAAUGUGUCAUUGAUUACGAAUGAUGAAAAAAAUAACGUAACCAAUUUCUUUAAAAAAUCUAUUAAAAGGUUAAAAGGAUCAGAUGCACAAUUGCCUCAAGUUCAAAGAAUGCAAAAACUUUUGGAACAUGGAAUUGGUAUUCAUCACAGUGGAAUUUUGCCUAUUUUAAAAGAAAUUGUUGAGUUAUUAUUUCAACAAGGCUUAGUAAAGAUGCUCUUUGCUACUGAAACAUUUGCCAUGGGUGUCAACAUGCCUGCUAGAACUGUUGUUUUUGAUGCUGUCAGAAAAUAUGAUGGUUCUAAGUUUCGGGCUCUACAUCCAACGGAGUAUAUUCAAAUGGCUGGAAGGGCUGGACGAAGAGGUCAUGAUACUACGGGAACUGUCAUGCUACUAUGCAAAGCAGAUGUUCCUAAUUUCAUUGACUUGCAAGCAAUGAUGUGUGGCGAACCGCAAAGUUUGGAGUCUCAGUUUAAAAUUACAUACUCAAUGGUUUUACAUUUGAGAAGACUCAGCGAAACGGUUUCAGUAAAAGAUAUGAUGCGCAGAUCUUUUAAAGAAGCAAGUUCGUUAAUAAGAGAAAAACAAGUGAAAGCCAAUUUGCAAGUGAUUGAAGAAACAUUAGCAAAAACCCCGACACUAUCCCCGAAUCAAGAAAAGUUAGCAGAGUUUUAUGAAACUGCUAUGGAGUAUUUGCGAAUUUGGAAGAAACUUAGACCAGAGAUGCUUUCUGCAAAAAGAGCAUCCAAGAACCUUUCAGAAGGUCGUGUUUUGCUUAUAUCUUACAAAAAUCACUAUAAUAAACUCGCUCUCUUGCUUGACAAGAGAAAACAGAAUGAGAAUAUUUUAUACAAAAUAUUAAUUCUUACAAGUGAAAAGGAGAUGUGCGAAGAGGAGAAACCUGAUAACUGGUAUAGAAUAAUAGCUCUCACGAAAAAACAAUUAUACUCAACAGCCCAAGUGCCUGCACAUGAAGUUCUCUUGAUAGACGAGUCUAGUAUUUUGGAAAUAACUAAUUGCACAAUUAAAACAGACUUUCGCUGUGUGAUAGCUGAUUGGGAAAAACGUCAAAUUCCAAGAUUCAAAGACUGUUCUCCUGGUCCAACGUUUAGUGCAGUUGUACAAGAGUUAUUGAAAUUAUCCCAGGAUGCUGUAUCAAAUCCAGAAGAUUUAUUGCCGUAUACAGAAAUGAUAAUAAAUAAGAUAGACUUAAAACCAGAAGAAAAGAAGUUAAAAAAGUUAAAACAUAUUCUUAACUGUAGUUCCAUUAUUCAAGUUAACAAUUUGGAAGAGCAAUUUGGAGAAGCUUUUUAUAGAAAAGAACUUGAGGAGAAGAAAAAGGAAUUAUUGAUUAAAUUAAGUGACGAGCAAUUAAGAGAUUAUCCAGAUUAUAUAAAUCGAGUUAAUAUUUUAAAGGAUCUUGGCUAUAUUGAUCAAAACGAAAGAGUCACAUUAAAAGGAAGAGUUGCGCUUGAAAUGGGAAUAUGUGAAUUAUUUUUAACCGAACUGGUGUUUAAAAAUAUCCUUACUGAUUGGAGUCCAGCUGAAAUAGCAGCUUUACUUUCAGCUUUAGUUUUCCAACAACGAACAGAAGAACCUAACAUGAGCCUCAACAAGAGGCUAAAAGACUUGCAAAAAAUAGUGUCAGACGAAUAUGAAAUCUUAAAAACAAAGGAAAUGAAGUAUAACUUAACACCGGCUCCACCUUUAAAUUUCGGUCUUGUAAAAGUUGUAUACCAAUGGGCUAGAGCAGAGUCAUUUGCUAAUAUUAUGAAUUUAACUGAUGUUCAAGAGGGUAUUAUCGUCAGAUGUAUUCAACAAUUAAAUGAGACUCUUCGCGACGUAAAGAAUGCUGCUAUCAUUAUAGGAAAUCCGAUUUUGAAAGAAAAAAUGGACGAAGCAUCAAGUGCUAUCAAACGAGAUAUUGUUUUCACAGCUUCACUCUAUACCCAAGAUUGAUAAGUUACAACAGAAAUCAUUUUUUCAUAGUUAUGGCUUUAAUUCCAUUAUAAAUUAAAACUUUUUUCUUUGAUUUAUAAAACAAACUUUAUUGUAAUUUUUCAAAUAAAUUUGUAUUAAUAA